UCCGCGGAUUAUUACAGGCCAGGUCUUGCCUCGUGCCGUGCAGCUCUGAGCGGACUACAUUUCCCACAAGCCCUUUCACUCACGAGCACAACGCGUCACAUGAAAAAAAAAAAAAAAAAACAACAUGGCGUACGGCUGUGUGCAUGGAGUCCGCUAUCUGCCAUUUGUUCGAUAGAUGACACCUCGCUUGUGCCAGCGGGCGACGCGUCCGCGAACAGUUAAAAAAUGUUUCGUCGAUCAAGAUUCAGUGUCCGGCCCAAUGUCGGUGCGACUGGCAGAACAGCUGCAACACCCCAGGAAGCCACCACAGCAAAUCAGGAGGCCAGUGAGACCCCCAGACACGUUGGUGAGAGCAGCGCUCAUACUGCUGUGACGGACACCACGUCCGUUGUGACUCCAUCUGAAAAAAUUACAGUCCCAGGGGAUGGCAAUGAUCAAAAUGGUGAAGGUGCUAACUCCUCAGCUGCAGUCCAGAGAAGGAAGCGGUUUUCUGUCAAGCCCAAAGUGGCCCCUGGCCGCCCCUCCGCCCAUGCUCGGACACCCAAGACCCCUGCAAAGGCUCCUUUUGAAACUCCUGUUGAGGUCCCCAGCUCAGACCUUGAUAAGCCCGCAACAUCCAGCCAACCUGGGACCACAGCUGCCCCGCACGGACUCCAAUCCCCGAAGCAACGGAGGCCUUCAGAAGAGAGCAAGCAGCCCAAACCCACCCCCAACUCUUCUGACUCGUCUGGGCCUUCAGCUGUCUCCCUACCUGAUGAAUCUGUAGAAGAAAACAAUCUGCCAACAGACAGUGGCAAACAAUUAGAAGGAAAGUCAGACGGCCAAGUUAAAGAAGUUCCUCCCAGACCACCGGAUAAAGUCCCUCGCUCUAUACCAGACAGAGAAGCUGUUGAAUUAUCAGAGAAGGCCAAGACUCUAAUGUCAUCCAAGGGUGGACUUUCACUGUCACCAUCUGCGCUCUCUUUGAGCAGACUCCUGAAUGACCCAUCUGAUUUACAGAGGCUGGCAAAGGCCCAAAAGCUGAGAGAGUUGCUCAGACAGGAGCGGCACAAAGAAACGAAACGCAAGAAAAGUAAGGCCCGGGUAAAGGAAUAUACUUUAGAUCCCGCCAAAAUGACCAUGAGGGACCUAAUCCACUAUCUACCUGUGUCUAACCCCAUGACAUCUAGUUUCGAAGACUUAUCUCAGGAGAAUGAGACUGUGAUCCCACCUUCACCAGCACGAGAACAGUCUCCAGAGACAGCAAAGGAACCUGAAGUCCCCCCUAAAAUGAUAUGCCCCAGGGAGGAGGGAGAGGAGGUGGCUGACGAGGAGGAAGAGGAUGAGGACGAUUCCGUCAUGGUUCCUCAGCUCAAAGUUGCAGAGGACGGCUCACUGAUCAUUGACGAAGAGAGCUUGACAGUGGAAGUCCAGAGAGCAAAAGGGCCAAACCCAGCAGAGGGCCGAGACCCCAUCUUUGAACGAGGGUCCACUACAACUUACUCGAGCUUCAGGAAAGCGACCUAUUCCAAACCCUGGUCCAGCGAAGAGACAGAUAUGUUCUACCUGGCUGUUAGUAUGGUGGGGACAGACUUUUCCAUGAUUUGUCAACUGUUUACUCACAGAGCUCGAUCAGAGAUAAAGAACAAAUUCAAGAAGGAGGAGCGUGAGAAUGCCUGGAGGAUUGAUAAAGCUUUCAGAGAGAGGCGCAAGCUGGACAUAGAAUAUUUUUCCAAACUGCUAGAGAAAAUUCUGGAGGUUCAAAAAAACAGGAAGAAACUCAAGUCACUCACUAAGAAGAACUCAGAAUCCAAGAAGUGCAAGAGAAAGGCAAAGGGCAAAAACGCUGCAAGGAAACUGAGUGCUGUGGAGGAGGAAGAUGAGGAUGAUGCCAAUGAAGUUCCUGAUUUAGAGGACGAGGAGGAGGGAGAGAAAGAAAACGAGGAUCUCUGUAAUGAAGGAGGAACCCCGGUUUCCAAGCCCAUGAGACAACACAAAAGAAAGUCUCGACAGGCGGCUGUGACUCAGGAACCAAACAAUAAAAAAAAGAAAACGGGGGAAAAGAGCAACAAACAAGGUGAGACAUGCAAACCUGAAGAUACUGAGGCAGCACCUCCAGAAGACCAUAUAACUUCAGACAUGUCUGAAAAGACUGAGGAUGUGGAUGUAUCCAAGGACACAGCAAUCAAGCCAGCUAAACUCUCGCAAGGCAGAGCACCUAAACCACUCCUGCCUUUGGGCCGGAAAUGGGGCAAGAAGCCUCUACCCCCCUCCACCAAGGCCAAAGAUAAUGCGUCAGAUAAAGGAGAUGAGAGUGCAACUGACGGAGCCUCUCACGAGCAGGUAAUUAAUGAUUCAUCACCUUCAAGACAAGCCAAUAAGAAUACAGCGGAUGCUGAGAUUUCCUCUGAAGAAGAGGAGGCCUGUGUUCAACCUCCGAGACCUACCAGGUAUGGAAGAAUGCCCAAACCCACCAAGCCUCUGAAUUACCCUGCCAAAGAAGUUGCACACACCUCAGCAUCUGAUACCACCCCUGCCUUGCCAGUGGGGUCCACUGUGUCUGCUGCCAAGCCUAAACCCAAAUGCACGGCCAAGAGGGGAAGAUCAUCAAAGCAAAAAUCAGCCCCCGAGUCCAAAAAGGCCAAACUAGUCACCCUCAGGGCCUCUCGGUCAGAACACAGUGAUGAGGAAGAUGAAAAGCUGCAGGAUGAGGAAGGCCAAGAGGAGGAGUGCCCUGUGUGUAGCCCCAGUGAGGACGGCAUUGCCCCUGUGUUUGUGCCUGCCAGCCUGCGCUCCCCACGACCUGUGAUUUCAGAGGUGGAAGAGACUUUGGAGGAACUUGAUGUCUUGGCCAAUAUACCUGAUGUGUUGGGCAUCUCCCAAGAUGCCAUGUGCCCUGAUGCCUCUUGCGAGUGGGCACAAAAUGAGACAGGCACAACUGAGCCAAGUGAACAUCAGUUGGACCUGCUGGUUGAUGUUAUAGACUUCCUUUCUACAGAACACACAGAAGUAUCUGAGGACGAGGGCUACAAUGAGGCUGCUCAAACCCUGUUGACCAUUGGCAACCUGACUCAUCUCCCUCAGUCAGCACAGAAUCAAGAAGAUCACAUAACAGAGACAACAUCAGUCGGUGUCGAACAAACCGGACAGCACCUGGAAGAAGAAACUGCCUCAAAGCCUACUGCCCAAGAGGAAAUAGAUGACACUCUUGUCAUGUUCAUUCAUGGAGACAUAGAAACGUCAGAGACUAUUGCUUCUGUGGAGCCUCAAGAAGGCACAACAGACCGUUGUGACAAUGCCCUGAUUACAACCAGUGAUCUGCCAUGUGCUGGGCAGAAGAUUGUUUCUGAUACAGACCCUAGUCCUCAGUUACAGUCAAGUCCAGAGAGCUCAAAGAAGAAUUCUCUACAGACAAGAAAAGGACGCGUAUCCAAGGUCAAACCUAAACCUAAUCUAGGCCGAAGCUCAAGGACUGCACAGCCCAAAUCCCAGCCAGAGACAUCAACAAGUCAGACCGCUAAAGAGAGCAACAGAGAAACUGCCAACUGUCAAGUCACUGAAUCACCAUCAGCUCCUGAAGAAACAACUCCUGAGAUACCAGAAUGUUCCCCAAAUUCACUAAAAGAUGACAUUUCCUGCACUAAAGUGACACUUACAGAAAAGUUGUCUGUCAGUCAGGACAGCUCUGUUGGUCAGGUAGAAUCAGGAGCAGCAGCAUCAGCUCAGAGAGCCUCAGAAAACCAGAGUCACUACUCUUCUGAUGCCCAGUUUGAACCCAGUCGGGAACAAGCCAGAACAGACACAAUGUCCAAAGCUGAGACUGAGCCCGAGUCUCAGGCUGAAAAAAUUAAGAGUUUCUGCAAUUAUUCAGUAACAUCUGACACCUCAGUCACAGAAUCACACGUUGAACAAGGAUCAAACACAGAUUCUGUCCCAGUCCAAGAAGGCAGCCAACAUUCAGCAGCUUUUGUCACACCUGCAGAUGAAGUAUCUGUUGGUCAGAAAGCUGAGAGUGAAGUCACAUCUACUUGCCAGUCUAGAAGGACUCGAUUGCAAAAAGUCAAACCGAAACUAAAUUUACCAGGGACACCAAGAACCACGCGGUCUAAACCCAAAUCUACAAAAGACUCUGUCGAGAAAGACUGCAGCUCUACUCCAACCUCCAAAACCCAUGAAAAAGCGAUAGCAGAGGUUGAACCUGAAGCAACCUCUUCUGAAAACCCAAGUUCCAGCUUUGGUCCUGCUUCAGUUUUGACAUCAUCAUUUGAUUUAGGCUUCACUCUUACACCCAUGAACAAACUUUCUACAACUGCGGAGAAGAGGACAGAUGAUGGACUUCUUGGUCAGCUUCACUUCGUUGCAGCAACAUCAGAUCAGAGUACCUCAGAAAACCAGAUCCUUUCUCAAACCCCUUCUGAACCCAGUAACAGAGGCACAGGGUCCUCUGGAUCCAAAGAUGAUAAAGGGGCAGCUCAUGAUGGAACACCUGAGAGUAGUGAUAACCUGUUGACCUACAACCAAGCCGUCACACAGUCACAAGUUGAAAAAUACUUAGGUUCAGUUCAAGACAGCAUUGACCUUCCUGCUCUAUGUGUUACACCUGUAGAUUUACCUGUCUAUCAAAAAGAAGAGAGUAAAGUUGCAUCUACUUGCCAGAUUAAGAGAGGGCAAUCAAUAAAAGUCAAACCCAAACCAAAUUUACCAGAGAUGUCAAGAACCACUAGGUCUAAACCUCAAUCUACAAAAGACUCUGUAGAGAAAGACUGCAGCCCGAUCCCAAACUCCAAAAUCCAUGAAAAAGCAAUAGCAGAGGUUGAACCUGAAUCAACCUGUGGCACCUCUUCUGAAAACCCAAGUUCCAGCUCUGGUCCUGCUUCAGUUUUCACACCAUCAUUUGAUUUCGGAUCCACUCUAACAUCCACAAAGGAACUGUCUACAACUGAGGAGAUGAGAACAGAUGAUGGACUUCUUGGUCAGGUUUACUCCGUUGCAGCAACAUCAGAUCAGAGUAGUUCAGAAAACCAGAUCCUUUCUCAAACCCCUUCUGAACCCAGUAACAGAGUCACAGGGUCAACAUCUGCAUCCACAGAUGAUAAAGGGGCAACUCAUGAUGGAACAACUAAUACUAAUGAUGACCUGGAGACUCACAACCCAGCUGUCACAGAAUUACAAGUUGAAAAAAACUCGGGUUCAGUUCAAGACAGCAGUGACCUUCCUGCUCAAUGUAUUACACCUGUAGAUUUACCUGUCAGUCAAAAAGAAGAGAGUGAAGUUGCAUCUACUUGCCAGGUUAAGAGAGGGCGAUCAAUAAAAGUCAAACCCAAACCAAAUUUACCAGGGACGUCAAGAACCAUGUGGUCUAAACCUCAAUCUACAAAAGACUCUGUAGAGAAAAACUGCAGCCAAACUCCAAUCUCCAAGGUCCAUGAAAAAGCAAAAGCAGUGGUUGAAUCUGAAGCAACCCCUGGCACCUAUUCUGAAAACCCAAGUUCCAGCUCUGGUCCAGCUUCUGUUUUCACACCAUCAUUUGAUUUCGGCUCUACUCUUACACCCACAAAGGAACUGUCCACAACUGAGGAGACAAAGACAGAUGAUGGACUUCUUGGUCAGCUUUACUCCGUUGCAGCAACAUCACAUCAGAGGACCUCAGAAAACCAGAUUCUUUCUCAAACCCUUUCUGAACCCAAUAACAAAGACACAGGGUCAACAUCUGGAUCCACAGAUGAUAAAGGGGCAACUCAUGAUGGAACAACUAAUACUAGUGAUGACCUGGUGACUUACAACCCAGCCGUCACGCAGUCACAAGUUGAAAAAGACAUAGGUUCAGUUCAAGAAAGCAGUGACCUUCCUGCUCCAUGUGUUACACCUGUAGAUUUGCCUGUCAGUCAGAAAGAAGAGAGUGAAGUUGCAUCUACUUGCCAGAUUAAGAGAGGGCGAUCACUAAAAGUCAAACCCAAACCAAAUUUACCAGGGACAUCAAGAACCACUUGGUCUAAAUCUCAAUCUACAAAAGACUCUGUAGAGAAAGACUGCUGCCCAAUCCCAAACUCCAAAAUCCAAGAAAAAGCAAUAGCAGAGGUUGAACCUGAAGCAACCUGUGGCAACUCUUCUGAAAACCGAAGUUCCAGCUCUGGUCCUGCUUCAGUUUUGACACCAUCAUUUCAUUUAGACUCUACUCUCACAGCCGCAAAGGAACUGUCCACAACUGAGGAGACAAGGACAGAUGAUGGACUUCUUUGUCAGGUUUACUCCAUUGCAGCAACAUCAGAUCAGAGUAGUUCAGAAAACCAGAUCUUUUCUCAGAUCCUUUCUGAACCCAGUAACAGAGACACAGGGUCAACAUCCGGAUCCACAGAUGAUAAAGGGGCAACUCAUGAUGGAACAACUAAUACUAGUGAUGACCUGGAGACUCACAACCCAGCUGUCACAGAAUUACAAGUUGAAAAAAACUCAGGUUCAGUUCAAGACAGCAGUGACCUUCCUGCUCCAUGUGCUACACCUGUAGAUUUACCUGUCAGUCAGAAAGAAAAGAGUGAAGUUGCAUCUACUUGCCAGGUUAAGAGAGGGCGAUCAAUAAAAAUCAAACCAAAACCAAACCUAGCACAGAUAUCAAGAACCAUUCGGUCUAAACCUCAAUCUACAAAAGACUCUGUAAAGAAAGACUGCAGCCCAAUACAAACCUCCAAAGUCCAUGAAAAAGCAGUAGAAGAGGUUGAAUCUGAAGCAACCUCUGGCACCUAUUCUGAAAACCCAAGUUCCAGCUCUGGUCCAACUUCAGUUUUGAAACCAUCAUUUGAUUUCGGCUCUACUCUUACACCCACAAAGGAACUGUCCACCACUGAGGAGACGGAGACAGAUGAUGGACUUCUUGGUCAGCUUUACUCCGUUGCAGCAAAUUCAGAUCAGAGUACCUCAAAAAACCAGAUCCUUUCUCAAACCCCUUCUGAACCCAGUAACAGAGGCACAGGGUCCUCUGGAUCCAAAGAUGAUAAAGGGGCAACUCAUGAUGGAACACCUGAGAGUAGUGAUAACCUGUUGACCUACAACCAAGCCGUGACACAGUCACAAGUUGAAAAAUACUUAGGUUCAGUUCAAGACAGCAUUGACCUUCCUGCUCCAUGUGUUACACCUGCAGAUUUGCCUGUCAGUAAGAAAGAAGAGAGUGAAGUUGAAUCUACUUGCCAGAUUAAGAGAGGGCGAUCACUAAAAGUCAAACCCAAACCAACCCUAGCACAGAUAUCAAGAACCAUUCGGUCGAAACCUCAAUCUAAAAAAGACUCUGUAGAGAAAGACUGCAGCCCAAUUCCAAUCUCCAAAGUCCAUGAAAAAGCAAUAGCAGAGGUUGAACCUGAAGCAACCUGUGGCACCUCUUCUGAAAACCCAAGUUCAAGCUCUGGUCCUGCUUCAGUUUUCACACCAUCAUUUGAUUUCGGAUCCACUCUUACACCCAUAAAGGAACUGUCUACAACUGAGGAGACGAGAACAUAUGAUGGACUUCUUGGUCAGCUUUACUCUGUUGCAGCAACAUCACAUCAGACUACCUCAGAAAACCUGAUCCUUUCUCAAACCCCUUCUGAACCCAAUAACAGAGACACAGGGUCAACAUCUGGAUUCACAGAUAAUAAAGAUGAUGGGGAAACUGAGAGUAGAGAUACAGCUUCAGUCAGUAGAUUGAUUGAUCAGAGUAGUGAUAAAUUGGUGACAUCCGACUUAGAUGUCACAGAAUCACAAGUUGGAAAAGACUCUGCUUCAGACCAAGAUAGUAGUGAUCACCCGGCUCCACGUGUUACACCAGUAGAAGAUUUACCUGUUAGUCAGAAAGAAGAGAGUGAAGCUGCAUCUACUUGCAAGAGUACGAGAGGGCGAUCACAAAGAGUCAAACCCAAACCAAACCUUGCACAAACAUCAAGAAGCAUUGGGUCUAGACCUCAAACCACGAAAGACUCUGUCGUGCAGCUUGUGGAGAGACCUUCCAGCCCAACUGUAAAGCCUAGAUCCAUUGACAAUACAACAGCAGAAGGAGAAAAAGAAAAAGAAACGAGGGAAACUAAUGAAACAUCAACCAACAAACCUAAGCUCACUGACAGUACCCAGUCAGAGCCCACCGAAUCUUCCAAGACUUCAAUAAAAGGCCCUCAAAGUCAUAGAGGAAGGCUUAUCAAACCCAAACCCAACCUGGGCCGCAGCAGUAGGCCUCCACAACCCCGACAAGUCCAGAACACUACACAAGCAGAAACAGAUUCCGAUGCUCAACUUGAAUGUGUUGAUGGGUCAGAUUCCCGCAACCUUGUGUCUGAACUCCGACCUGACAUUCAAGAACCAGUAGAGAGAGCUGGUAAACAUAUUAGUAACCAAGAGCCCCUCCCAAAUGAUGUUGGGUCCUCGCUGGGCGGCAUGACACAAAUAAAUGAUCAACCGAGUCAAAAUGACUCCCAUCGAAAUGAUGCCAUUUCCUCUCUGGGUUGUGUGACACAAGUACUGGAAAAUACCUCUCAGAACACAUCAACAUUAAGUACUGAGGGGCCCCAAAGUCCUCAAAGUCUCAGAUUAUUACCAGACCUGAUGUCGGAUUCAGAUGAACCGUUCUUCAUCCUCUCACUGACCGAGAUCCCAGUCUGCUCAUCAGGAGAGGUGAUGGACAGUGCAGAUCAGCCCCGACCUUGUCUUCCUGCUGGAAAUGCACCAACACAGCAGCAGAGUGUCCCUGGGGAAAGGUUGGCACCAGGUGGAGAUGGAUACCAGAUGCCAACUAAGGAGACUGGUGAAAUGGGCUUCUCCAGUGUAAAAUAUGCAGGGCCGGAGCCAGCUGCAUGUAUGGAUUCGAUCGCGGAGAAUCCAGUGGAUUCACAGGAUAGUAGACCAGCAGUCCAGCCCCCCAUAUUACCAGAAACUGAAGAGAAUAAUGCGAAGAUUGAAAUCCCUCCUGCAAAGCAGAGAACAUCAGCAACUGGAAGAAGAGCCAAACUUCAAGUUAAGCCCAAUACUACAAAGAACACGCAUGCCAGCAAGGCUUUCGCUGCAAACAACAACCAGGACUCUGACCUACCGGGGCCUUCCAUGCAGCCAGAAGCUUCUAAUGCAAACACAAUAGCAGGCAAAGACAUUGUCACUGAGCCACAGAACAGAGGUGUUGGCCAUGAAAACAUUGGAAAGGAGUCUCAGGCGAGUUGUAAAGGCUCAGAGGAGAGAAGCUCAGGAGCACAAACUCACACGGCAAAGUCCAGGGGGACUAACAUUGGGAAAAGAAAACCCAAAGAUUUCCUCCCUGUCCUCUCUGACGUGAACACCACUGUCCCUUCAAGCGACCCCUCACCUGGGAAAGCAGCUUCCAAGGGCCCUAAGGUCAAAACUCAACGCACAACAAGAAAAGGCUCCACCACAACAUCAGUCGCUUCAACAUCACACGCUGUUGCCCUCACACCCAGUCCGACGCAGCAGCCAGCGGAAGCCGACUCGACCUCUUCUGCCACUUCACCAGCACUUACAGAGGUGGAUAAUCUACAGACCACUGGACACGGUCAACUAUACUCGGACGCAAUCCACUGCACUUCUCAGUGUUCAGCUGAGGUGUCAGAACCUGAGCAAGGUAACUGUGUGGAGAGCAGCUCUAUAGAAGAGGAGCCCACCAAUGUGUCCCAGUACUUCUUAAGUGAUAUUUUUACUGAAGUGGAAGAGGGAUAAAAGCCAUAGCGAGGUGGAGUGUGAAAAAACCUGCCAGUGGCUCACCUUUUUUUUCUUUCUUGUGUGAAUUUAUCUCUGUAAAAGUUUAUUUAUAUCUAAAAACUGUACUUUUUCCUGAAGUGAAGUGAGGCUGAAUUUACUACCUUGACAAACACAUUUUCACUUCCAUGAGUGCGUAUACAUUAUACAUUGAAUGUAUACAUUAUACAUAUUCAGGGUAUCCUUAUUCAAAGUGCUAAUGAAAAAAAAAAAAUUGGUACCUGUAAAUCACCGGUUUGGCUGAAGGAGGCGGCAGCUUUUUCCCAAUUAUUCACUCUUUUUUCUCAGGUUCAAAUUUUUCUUUAUUUGUCUAUUAACAAGCUGUAACAAUGUAAAUACUGUAGAUUACUGGAUUACUUGACAUCAUGUACAGUUGUACAUUCCUGUGUUACCCUGUUAAUGCCUAUCUGUAUUUUUGUGAUCAUUGUUAAUAAUUUAUUCUAAUCUGAAACUAUUUUUAUUUCUAUUUGAUUAAAACAAUGACAGAAAACGGACGUCAGAUUCAGAUGUAAUUUAGUAAAAUUUCCAUCAAUAUAUUCUGCGAAUCCCGACAUACAAAAUAGAGGUAGUCAAAUUGAUCAAAAAUGAAUGCUAAUCAACAUAGAUUUAGGCUUUUUGUGUGUAUAUAAUGUACAUCAGUUCAACAGAUUCACAGCAUUCAGAUAAUCUUUGAUACUUAAGUUAUGUUAUUUUUUAUAAGAUCUGAAUAAAAAGUAUUCUUCCACCUCCA